GGACCCCAGGGUGGGAGAGUGAACGGAAGGGUACUCGUGCCUGGAGCGGUUGCAGAAUCCUCAGUCAUGAGGAAGAAACUGGGCUCAGAGGCACUUGGGUGAAGGGGCCCUCUCCCCUGCCCUCCUUUCAGGUACCAUGGCCCAGAGCAGGGUACUGCUGCUCGUCUUGUUGCUGCCACCGCAGCUGCAGCUGGGACCGGUGGGCACAGCGAGGUCUCCGGGGUUUGGCCGAAGUGGUACCCACAGCCUGAGCCCUGCUGAGAAUGAAUUUGUGGAGGAGGGGCCGGUGUUGGUGCUGAGACCCGAGGAGCCAGGGCCUGGCCCUGUCACCAUCAACUGCCCCCGAGACUGUGCCUGUUCCCAGGAGGGCGUUGUGGACUGCGGUGGCAUUGACCUGCGCGAGUUCCCGGGGGACCUGCCUGAGCACACCAACCACCUGUCCCUGCAGAACAACCAGCUGGAGAAGAUCUACCCCCGGGAGCUCUCCAGGUUGCAUCGGCUGGAAACUCUGAACCUCCAGAAUAAUCGCCUGACUUCCCGAGGGCUCCCAGAGGAGGCUUUUGAACAUCUGACCAACCUCAAUUACCUGUACUUGGCCAAUAACAAGCUGACCUUGGCACCCCGGUUCCUGCCAAACACCCUGAUCAGUGUGGACUUCGCUGCCAACUAUCUCACCAAGAUCUACGGGCUCACUUUCGGCCAGAAGCCAAACUUGAGGUCCGUGUACCUGCACAACAACAAGCUGGCGGAUGCCGGGCUGCCGGACAACAUGUUCAACGGCUCUAGCAACGUCGAGAUCCUCAUUCUGUCCAGCAACUUCCUGCGCCAUGUGCCCAAGCACCUGCCGCCUGCCCUCUAUAAGCUGCAUCUCAAGAACAACAAGCUGGAGAAGAUCCCACCAGGUGCCUUCAGUGAGCUGAGCAACCUGCGUGAGCUCUACCUGCAGAACAACUACUUGACUGACGAGGGCUUGGACAACGAAACCUUCUGGAAGCUCUCCAGCCUGGAGUACCUUGAUCUGUCCAGCAACAACCUGUCACGGGUCCCCGCGGGGCUGCCGCGCAGCCUGGUGCUCCUGCACCUGGAGAAGAACGCCAUCCGGAGCGUGGACGCAGACGUGCUGACGCCCAUCCGCAGCCUCGAGUACCUGCUGCUGCACAGCAACCAGCUGCACGCGCGCGGCAUCCACCCUCGGGCGUUCCAGGGCCUCAAGCGGCUGCACACGGUGCACCUGUACAACAACGCGCUGGAGCGCGUGCCCAGUGGCCUGCCCCGCCGCGUGCGCACUCUCAUGAUCCUGCACAACCAGAUCACCGGCAUCGGCCGCGACGACUUCGCCACCACCUACUUCCUGGAGGAGCUCAACCUCAGCUACAACCGCAUCACCAGCCCGCAGGUGCACCGCGAUGCCUUCCGCAAGCUGCGCCUGCUGCGCUCGCUGGACCUGUCCGGUAACCGGCUGCACACCUUGCCACCCGGACUGCCGCGCAACGUGCAUGUGCUGAAGGUCAAGCGCAACGAGCUGGCCGCCCUGGCACGCGGGGCGCUGGCCGGCAUGGCCCAGCUGCGUGAGCUCUACCUCACCGGCAACCGGCUGCGCAGCCGGGCCCUGGGCCCCCGGGCCUGGGCCGACUUGGCCCAUCUGCAGCUGCUGGACAUCGCUGGGAAUCAACUCACAGAGAUCCCUGAGGGGCUCCCUGAGUCCCUCGAGUACCUAUACCUGCAGAACAACAAGAUUAGCACCGUGCCCGCCAAUGCCUUCGACUCCACACCCAACCUCAAAGGGAUCUUUCUCAGGUUUAACAAGCUGGCCGCGGGCUCCGUGGUGGAAAGCGCCUUCCGGAGGCUGACGCACCUGCAGGUCUUGGACAUAGAAGGCAACUUUGAGUUCGGUGACGUGCCCAAGGACCGGGGCCGGUUGGAAGGGGACGACGACGAGGACGACGAGGAGGACGACGUCGGGGAGGACUAG